AUGUUGGUUUGCAACCCCGAUCUCGCAACACAUGUCCGGUUCCUCAUUAUUGCUCUCGACCGGCAUGCCCCAGCUGGUGAAGGAGAACAGCAAAUGGCCAUCAUGGACAUACUCGCAGCACCGAACAGCGGCAUCCAAUCCUUGAAGCUCUGCCGAUCGGGACACAUCCAGUCACUUUGUGUGGCAGAACAUCGGCUCCUCGAGGUGAAUGCCGACAUUCCUUUGAAUCUUGCCAAAUUGAUCGAUGUCCUGCCUGGAAUCACGUAUUCGUUGACCACGCUAAUAUUUACAACCACUGUAUGCUAUGAAGCUUCAGAACUCCCGAUUGACUUGGGGACUUUCCGAAACCUCAAUAUCGUGAAUGUUUCUGUCGACACUCAUUUCGAGUACUACUUCAGUCCAGGUGGUUAUUUAUGGAUGUUCCGGCUCUCAACACCCUCGUCGUGCAUCAAAAAUGUAUCACUUACAUUCAUUUGCCAUACCCACCAGAACUCAGAGGAUCUCAAUAGUCUGUUCCGGCAGAGUGAUUGGAGCACCCUCGAUGGACACCUCGCCGAUCCGUUAUAUGAAGCUCUCGUCGAAGUGAAGAUGAGCUUUCGAAUUCACUGGUGGAGGAAGGACGUGGAAGAACUCGCACGACGGGACAUACGCGACUUGAUCUCAGAAGAUUUACUCUGA